AUGUUGCUUACUGUGGUUUCAGAGGGUGUGCUGUGAGUCGUUUGAAGAGUUUCGGCUCACUUUGCUUUUAAGUUUGAUAGUUUAUGUGGGUUUUGAUUCAGUGGCAAGCUGAGUUGUGGAGACGCAUUAGAGGUGUAGAUCUGUGAGUUGUGGUUUGGAGAUGCUGGCGGGUUUGAGUUUAGGGAACAUGAAACCCUAAGUUGCAUCGGUGCUCUAGUUUGUUGAUUGAUCUCGCUUCAGUGAGAGUCAGUUCUGCUCUUUCGUGAAGCGCACUUCAUAUUUUCCCAGCAGCUCUUAAUUAGUACGGAUCUUAUACACAGCAGGAUUGUUAAUGCUAAAUCUAUCGCAGAGAGAGCUGAAUUUGGUGUAGAAUUAUUUUUGUUUCUGGAUCUGGAAAUCGAUCACAGGUCUUUGGGUAGGAGGUGACGAGAGUUGGAACAUCGGACGCGUUAGUCUCUUAUAAAGUUUGAGUUUAGCUCAUUCAUAAUGUCCUACGCUGAUGACGAGCCACUGGAGCACACAUUGCUUGUUGUCAGGGAAGUUUCGGUGUACAAAAUACCUCCAAGAGGCACCAGCGGAGGUUACAAGUGCGGGGAAUGGCUUCAGUCAGACAAGAUUUGGACUGGGAGGUUGAGGGUUAUUUCUUUGAAAGACAUGUGUGAGGUCCGAUUGGAGGAUUCGAACACUGGGGAGCUUUUCGCGGCGUGCCCAGUAUUACCAGGGAAGAGAGACGUGACAGUGGAGAAUGUGGUUGAUUCGUCACGAUAUUUUGUUCUAAGGAUCGACGAUGGGAGAGGGAAGCAUGCGUUUAUUGGGUUGGGUUUCGCAGAGAGAAACGAGGCUUUCGAUUUCAAUGUGGCAUUGUCUGAUCAUGAAAAGUAUGUGAAGAGGGAAGCAGAGAAGGAAGAAACUCGAGGAUCUUCAAAGGACGAUACUCCUGCCCAACCUUCAUUGGAUUUGCGGCUGAAGGAGGGAGAAACAAUACGGAUAAAUGUGAAGACAACAAAACCAGGGACUGGGACGGGUAUGUUAUCUGGUGCAACGGGAAGUACUAAUGCGAUCAGCAGCACAGGUCGCAUGAAGGCUCCACUUGCACCUCCGCCAGGUGGCGGGCGCAUCCGUUCUCCAUUACCUCCUCCUCCAAAUGACAACAAAACAAUACGCUCUGGCUCUAGCCCUGUUUCUUCUGGGUCAUCAUUUGCAUCUAGUCUUGGAUCUGCCCAUGGUUCUGACAAGUCCUGGGAUUCAGGAAGGUCCUCAUCUGAUCCGUUUUCGGAUUUAUCCCAGCUUGAGAAGAACUUGCCGACCACAACAAAGAUGGGGGGGAGCAGAAGUGGCAGUGCUGCAGGAGGAUGGGCUGCAUUUUAACCUGAUGGCAUGUUUUUGUUAUCGAAUUAAAUCUAUUUAUGUGCUUCCUGGCGUCCGUUUUAGUGAUCUCUAAAUUGUGUUAUCGUGCAGAUAAAGUCAAUGGUUGUGUGUUAUUUAGUAGAAAUUGACUGUUUGUCCCCGCAUACAGUCCUCCCCAACCAAUGAAUUCCUUGAGUUAUAAAAUACAUCGUAGCGUACUGCCUGUACGAAGGUGAAAGUAGAUUGCACAUGGUGUGGGAGAUAAAUAGUCACUUGCUUGCACGCUCUCUGAGUAUGUUUGCAUUGACUCUGCAAAGACCCAUCAAGAUCUUGUGUGUGGAGUCCACCAUUUUUAGGACUGGGAGCUGUGUGAAUUGAAGACAUUUUGUUUAUGUCAAGAAUUGGAGUUUUUCAUGCACGAUGCAAGUGGUGCUUGUGAUCCCCCUGGAGCCAAGACGAGACAUGACAUCCAAGCUAAUACAUUGAAGUCUAUUUGGUACUGAGUUCAUGGGGGCACUAGAUUCAUGGUGUUGCUUCUCGAGAUCUUCGUAGUUGUGUUCAAGUUGCAGUUUCAGUUUUUUGUAUUGUUUUUGUUUUUAAUUACCGAAUAAGCGUGAAGCAAGAAAUGGCUGUUCACUGUCACACAUUAGUGAGAUUUUCUUGUUUUCCUUUUUGUAGCUUCGUUACCAGAACCUGGGCAGAUAUCAAGCAGUGGCUGUGAGAUUACGGGCCCACUAGAAUAACCUCUGCCUGAUCUGUUUCUUACAUUAUAUUUUUGAGAUGGAAUCACACCAUAUUCGACUGGUAA